AAUCAAUUCCUUGAUUUCUCCUUAAACUCUUACUGCACUUUGAGCUACUCAGCCACAACAAAACAACAAGUUGCCUCAAAAUGCAAAAAUGCUUCGCCAAGUUGCGCCAGAAGAUCUCUGGCCGUUUUCAUCUUUUUGGCGAUCACGGUGUUUCAGAGCCCGCCACUAGAGGAACGCUCGUCAUUUACAGGACUUCCCGUCGAUCGAGCCUGAGAAAAUGCAUCAGCAUCAGGCUUUAUAGCGUCACUCAUCUUGAUCCGAACACGGGCUUUGGCAAGCUGAGCGGGGAGGCAAGCCUACAAAACUGGAAGAAGACGAAGCAUGGAGAAAACGACACGAUCACUUCCGAGGUCGUGAUGUACCUGGAGGAAGGCUUUGGGACUCCGGGAGCCAUCGAAGUCAAACAUUUGGGGCAGCACCAGGAGUUCUUCCUCCAAUCUCUCACGUUAGACUUGCCGCAUAACCACUCUGUCCACUUCGAGUGCAAUUCAUGGGUGUACCCGAUGUCGAAGACCAACGUUGAUCGUGUGUUUUUCUCUAACACCAGCUACUUACCGAGCCAAACGCCAGCAGCACUGCAGAGUCUCCGAGAAGAAGAGCUGAGGAACCUGAGAGGAAAUGGAAGAGGGAAGAGGGAGAAAUGGGAGCGGAUUUAUGACUACGAUCGGUACAACGAUCUGGGAGAAAUUGAUAGAGGGCAGAGCCAUGCAAGGCCCAUAUUAGGAGGAUCCAACGCUUACCCUUAUCCUCGCAGAUGUAGAACAGGGCGACCACUAAGCAAUAAAGAUCGGAUGACUGAGAGUCGCAGCGAGAUCAUCAAUUUGGACUUCUACGUUCCGCCGGACGACCGGUUUAGCCCCACAAAGCUGUCGGAGUUCAUAUCAAACUCGAUACGAGCAGUGGUGCACUUCGUCGUGCCGGAAGUGAAGUCGGUGUUCGAGGGAGCCGUAAAGAACUUCGAGUCGUUUGAGCAGAUGUCCAAGGACCUUUACACUGCACAUAGGAAACCGGUGGCCGAGACCAUGGUUAUGGGCAGGCUCAAGGCGCUUGUGCCGAAAGAACUGCACGAUGAAAUUGGUCGAGUGAUGAAAGAAAACCCCUACAAGUUCCCAAUUCCACAAGUCAUCGCCGCGGAUAAAAAUGCAUGGAGGAGUGACGAGGAAUUCGCUAGGGAAAUGCUUGCCGGACUGAACCCUGCAGUCAUCAGAUGCUUAGAGACUUUUCCAAUCGCGGGAAGAGGAGGGAGAAGCUCGAUUACUGCUACCCAAGUCGAAAAGAAUCUCGAAGGCCUGAGCAUUACAGAAGCAGUGACAACAGGCAGGAUGUUCAUGCUGGAUCAUCACGAGUAUCUGAUGCCCUACCUGAGGCGCAUCAACGAGCAAGGCGUGUGCAUAUACGCUUCUCGCACUCUCUUUCUCCUCCGACAUGACCAUACUCUCAAGCCCGUCGCCAUCGAACUGACCUUACCGGGGGGAGGCGCUGGCAGCGAGGAGAUCAACAGAGUGUUCUUGCCGGCAAGCAAGGGUACAGAGGCCGCCCUGUGGCAACUAGCGAAGACCCACGUCGCCGUCAACGACUCCGGCCACCAUCAACUUAUCAGUCACUGGCUGCAUACGCAUGCCGCCGUUGAGCCCUUCAUCAUAGCUGCCAGAAGGCAGCUUAGCUCCAUGCACCCGAUCUAUAAAUUGUUGGAUCCUCAUUUCAAAGACACCAUGCACAUCAAUUCCCUCGCUCGGAGCAUACUCUUGAACGCCGGCGGCAUACUGGAGAGGACCAUGUACCUUGGCAAGUACGCCAUGGAGAUCUCCUCCGCCAUCUACAAGUCCUGGAGAUUCCGCGACCAAGCUCUGCCUGCAGACCUUUUGAAAAGGAACAUGGCGGUGGAAGACGACAGCGUUCAGUCCGGCGUCCGACUGCGCUUCGAUGACUAUCCAUACGCGGCAGACGGCCUCGACGUUUGGGCGGCGAUCGACACAUGGGUCACCGACUACUGCGCCUACUUCUAUCGCUCUGAUGCCUCCGUUGUCUCUGACGUUGAGCUCCAGGCGUGGUGGAGCGAGGUGCGCGAGGUCGGCCACGGCGACAAACGCGACGACGCGGAAUGCUGGUUCCCUCUCGACUCCGUUGCCAACCUCGCCCGGGCCAUCACCACGCUCAUCUGGAUCGCCUCCGCGCUCCACGCCGCCGUCAACUUCGGCCAGUACGGAUACGCUGGAUACCCGCCCAACCGCCCCACGCGGUGCUACAAGUUCAUCCCCUACGAGGGAACGCCGGAGUUCGCCGAGUUCCUGCGCGACCCGGACAAGUACUUCCUGCAGAUGAUUCCGGACCGUUUCACGACGACGCUAGGAAUAGCGCUCAUCGAGGUGCUCUCCGGUCACACAGCCGACGAGGUUUACCUGGGCCAGCGGAAGGAGGGGUGGACGAAUGACCGCGAGGUGCUUCGGAUGUUUGAGCGGUUCGGGGAGAGCCUCCGGCAGGUGGAGAAGAGGAUCGAGGAGCGGAACGGGAAACGGCGGUUGAAGAAUCGGUUUGGACCGGCUCGAGUGCCCUACACGCUGUUGUUUACCGAUACUUCAAAUUUGGGGGUCGCGAAGGGCAUAACUGGAAGAGGAAUUCCAAACAGUGUGUCCAUAUAAAUUAAUUCUAUUGUACGUUUACUAUAAAUUGAAGUUGAUACUUAAUAGGUGGUAAUUUUCUUAUUUUUUUAAAAAGAAAAAAAAAGUAUAAUUAAUAGAGUUUUCUUAGUUGCUACUGAAUGCCCCUGAUACUAAGCUCACUCUGCUGCGAGAAAUGUGUACUGUUAUAAUCAUAGAGUUUUGAUGCC